GUCAAGUGUAGUAUGACUUUAAUGAGUUCUGCAAGUGUAAAGCCAAUAAAGACGACUCAUUCUUUCAACUCCUACUUCGAACUCUCUCAUUUCCUUCACUCAGAUCCAGAUGUAAACGACAAAAGUAAGAAGUCUUAGAAGGUUCUGGCAUGACAGUGAGGUUCGUGUAAUUGGGUUGAUUGAGUUGCACUGUUGCAGUUUGAUUGGGUUGGUCCGAAAGGAAUGGAAGAAAUACAGUCCCAAUCGGAUAACUAUCGAUCAUCUUCUUCAUCAGCAAGUAGUCCUUCAAGUCGGGUGCCUUCCAGUAAUUUUUUUUAUUUGAGAAAACCAGGUUCUCUGAGACAACCCAUCUCAUUCGAGGACUCUCCCGAGUGGGAUGACACUGAAAUUGAUGUACGUGUGGAUGAAGGAGGCGACUCAAUCAAUGUUGCAACUACCACUGCAUCUCCAUCUCUGUCCAAAUUCAACAGUGGCUCAUUUCCAUCCCCACCAUUGCCGGAUCCAUCGACUGUUGCAAGGAAAAUUGCAGGGGCAUCUGUCGUGUGGAAGGACUUGACUGUUACAAUGAAGGGGAAGAGGAAGUACUCUGAUAAGAUCUUAAAGAGUUCGAAUGGUUAUGCUUUGCCAGGGACGCUAACAGUUAUCAUGGGUCCUGCCAAAUCUGGAAAAUCCACGCUGCUAAGAUCGAUUGCAGGUAGGUUGCCUGGGUCAGCCAAAGUGUAUGGUGAAGUGUUCAUAAAUGGGGCAAAAUUGCACAUGCCAUAUGGUUCAUAUGGUUAUGUGGAGAGGGAAUCCACACUGAUUGGAUCCCUUACUGUGCGGGAGAUGAUAUACUACUCUGCACUUCUACAACUUCCUGGAUUUUUCUCUCAGAAGAAGAGUGCGGUGGAGGAUGCAAUCAUUGCUAUGUCUUUGGGUGAUUAUGCAAACAAAUUGAUUGGUGGCCACUGUUACAUGAAGGGUCUUUCUAGUGGUGAGAGAAGGCGUGUCAGCAUUGCCAGGGAGCUUGUAAUGAGACCACACAUCUUAUUCAUAGAUGAACCUCUUUAUCAUCUUGACAGUGUGUCUGCACUUCUGAUGAUGGUGACUUUGAAGAAACUUGCAAGUACAGGUUGCACUCUUAUUUUUACCAUGUACCAGAGUAGCACAGAAGUAUUUGGCCUCUUUGAUAGGAUCUGUCUGCUUUCAAAUGGAAAUACAUUAUUUUUUGGAGAAACACUAGCUUGUCUGCAGCAUUUCUCAAAUGCCGGGUUUCCUUGCCCAAUAAUGCAAAGCCCCUCUGAUCACUUUCUACGUGCGAUAAAUACGGACUUUGACAGAAUUAUAGCCAUGUGUAAAAAUUGGCAGGAUGAUCAGGGGGAUUUUUCAUCAGUAAAUAUGGAUACUGCUGUUGCAAUACGCACCCUUGAAGCAACAUAUAAAUCAUCAAAUGAUGCGGCUGCCGUUGAGUCCAUGAUACUGAAACUCACAGAGAAGGAAGGUCCACUUCUCAAAAGCAGAGGCAAAGCAAGUAGUGCUACACGUGUAGCGGUUUUGACCUGGAGGUCUUUAUUAAUCAUGUCAAGGCAAUGGAAAUACUUUUGGCUUCGGCUGAUUAUUUAUAUGCUUCUCGCACUCUCUGUUGGUACAAUCUUUUCCAACCUAGGUCAUUCCUUGUCAACUGUAGUGGUCAGAGUUGCUGCAGUAUUUGUAUUUGUGUCAUUUACCUCCCUGCUAAGCAUUGCUGGGUUACCUGCUCAUAUAAAAGAAAUUAAGAUAUACAUUCAUGAAGAAUCAAAUAAGCAUUCGGGAGUGCUAGUUUUCCUACUCGGGCACCUUCUCUCCAGCAUUCCCUUUCUGUUCCUCGUAUCGAUUUCAUCGAGCGUUGUUUUUUAUUUUCUUGUGGGGCUACGAGAUGAGUUUAGCCUGUUGAUGUACUUUGUGCUGAAUUUCUUCAUGUGCCUGCUAGUAAAUGAAGGACUUGUGCUGGUUGUAGCUUCUAUUUGGCAAGAGCUUUUCCAAAGCAUUUUGAUGCUGGUGUCCGUUCAUGUGAUAAUGAUGCUUGCGGCAGGCUACUUUAGAAUUCGUAACCAAUUGCCUGAACCAGUAUGGAAGUAUCCAUUAUCCUAUAUUGCUUUCCAUACAUAUUCUAUACAGGGAAUCCUGGAGAAUGAAUACAUUGGGACUUCCUUCGCAGUUGGGCAGGUAAGGACCAUUUCCGGGGUACAGGCUCUUCGCAGUGCUUAUGACAUCUCACCUAGUAGUAAUGCGAAGUGGGGAAAUUUAUUGAUCUUGUUUCUAAUGGCAAUUGGGUAUCGCAUUAUCUUGUUUGUCUUGCUAACUUUUCGGGCAAGAAAAAACAUGUAUGCCUGUAAUAGGUUUUACAGGUGUAACAGAAAAACAGCUACAGCAAGAUGAAGGUACUUGUUCUAAAAAAUUCUAGUCUUGUUAAGCUCUGUAGCUUGAUUAGGUUCUGUUAUGUUUUGUAGCAUUUUAAAAUCAGAAACCUGUGAUGUAGGAUAAAUCUUUAUGGUGUCAAAACAUGCUCCAUUUCUUAUUGUUUUAUAAUGGAAUAGAUAAGUU